AUAAGUGCGGGUGUAUGAAUAAAGCAGUUAGCUACCUACCGCGGUGUUUGAUUGACGUAUGCAAUAUUGGCGACGAGUCGGGAGUUAAAACGUGUGAAAUAGUAACGUGGUAAAAUGCCGUUCGGUAAAAUUGAACCGUUUGAUCUUUUCGGGGGAAAGUGGUCAUUAUAUGUUCGAAGAGUAGAACAAUUUAUAUUUUUAAAUGAAAUCAAAAGUACGCAUAAAGUGGCCACGUUGGUGACGUUGGUAGGUGAACGCACCUAUAAUUUAAUGUGUGACUUAUGUGCACCAAACAAACCUGAAGAGAAAACAUUUGAAGAAUUAGUAACAAUAGUAAAAAACCAUUUAGAACCUCAACGUUCAAUAUACGUGGAGCGGGAAGUGUUUCGACAGCGAAAACAAAAAGCUGGGGAAUCCAUACUAGAAUUUUUGCAGCAGUUAAAGCAUUUAGCAACGGAAUGUAAGUUUGGGCAAAACCUAGAAGAAAAUCUAUGUGAACAGUUCCUUACUGGAUUACAAAGCACGGAUAUUAAAGCUAGAUUGCUGGUCGAGACUAAUUUAACAUACAAGAAGGCGGUGGAGCUAGCUCUAGGAUUAGAAGCUGCGGAGAAGCAUGUGGACAGAGUGAGCGGCCGCAAUAGUUUGGGCGGUGCAUAUUCUGGGGACUUCGGCAGCAACAUAGGUGCAGGCGCAGGCAGCGCGGCCGGCCCAGGCGGCGCGGCCGGCUCGAGCGCGGCAGGUGGCAGCGGCGAGGCGGGCGGCGAGGCGCUGCACGCGCUGCGUGGCGGACCAGCAGGCCGGGCCAGGCCGGCGGCCUCUUCGGCGCUUUGCUGGCGCUGCGGAAAGCCUCAUCGGGCAGAUAAGUGUCGUUAUAAGCAGUAUAAUUGUGAUUUGUGUUUACGUAGAGGGCAUUUGAAGGUGAUGUGUAAAGCGGCCAACAAAACGGCCGAAAAACGCCAUAAUUUUAUGAGUGAUGACUCGGAAAGUGAAAUGUACAAUAUACGGGCGGUUGCAAGCGGAGACAAGCCGUUUUUUAUUAAUGUUAAAAUAGGGAAUAAAACACUAAAAUGUGAGUUAGAUACCGGUAGCAAAAUCUCGGCUAUUAGUGAAAGAUGUUACAAUAGUAUGUUUUCGAAUUAUACGAUUUUGAAAGAUGAAAUUAAAUUAUGCUCAUACUCGGGCUCGCGAAUUGAACCGAUCGGGUUUAUAUUAGUAGAUGCAUGUAUCGAGGACAAUCAUCAACAAAACUUACAAUUGUACAUAAUAAAAAAUGGGAGUCGUCCCUUGUUAGGUAGGAGUUGGAUUCAAAAAUUUAAAAUAAAUGAAUUAUACAUUAAUAACAUUUUACAAGAAGAUAGUGAUAAUGAGUAUCGCGAUCGGUUCAUAAACGAGUUAAAGAGAAUAUUCUUCGAUAACAAACCGGUUUUCGUUCGCGCCCGGCCGGUACCUUUAGCAUUGCGAAGCGCAGUGGAGAGAGAAAUUAAGCGUUUAGAAAAGGAAGGAUCGAUCUAUCCGGUUGAACAUUCGGACUAUGGCACACCAAUAGUUCCAGUUAUUAAGCCAUCGGGGGAUAUUAGGUUAUGCGGGGACUACAAAUCGACUAUUAACCCAAAAUUAAAAAUGGAUCAUUAUCCGUUGCCGCGCAUCGAAGAAUUAUUUGCAGCCUUGAGCGGUGGUCAGGAAUAUUCUAAAAUUGAUCUGACGACCGCGUACAUGCAAGUACCUCUCCACCCCGAGUCGCAAGCGUGUACUGCGAUUUCAACGCACAUAGGUACCUACGCUUUCAAACGUACACCUUAUGGGUUGAACUGUGUCCCUCAAAAAUUCCAAAAAAUUAUGGAAGAGACUCUUAGAGGUUUACCAAACACGGUUGUCUUUUUAGAUGAUAUUUGCAUAACGGGAAAAGAUCGCGAAACACAUAAAAAUAAUCUGAGAGCUGUAAUCGAAAGAUUGGCGACUAUGGGCCUAACUGUAAAAAUAAAUAAAUGUAAAUUCUUACAAAAAAGUGUGUCAUACCUAGGAUUUAUUAUUGAUAAACAUGGUUUGCAUCCGGACAUGACAAAAGUGGAGGCUAUUGUGAAAGCUCCAACACCGGGAAACGUGACUCAAUUGAAAGCUUUUCUAGGCCUAAUAAAUUACUAUGGCAAGUUUGUUCCUAACUUAAGUUCAUUGCUACAUCCAUUAUAUUCUCUUUUAAAGAAAAAUCAGCCAUGGAACUGGGAUAUAAAUUGCGAAGACGCAUUUAUAAACAUAAAGAAUAUUUUAGCAAGCGACAGAGUGUUAUGUCAUUACGAUCCAGCGCUUCCGUUAGUUUUAUCAGUAGAUAGUAGCUCGUAUGGUAUAGGGGCAGUUCUGGCGCACGUAUUUGCCGACGGAACGGAACGGCCGAUCAGCUGCGCGUCUAGAACGCUCGGGGAUACAGAGAAGAACUACAGUCAACUAGAUAAAGAAGCAUUGGCGAUAAUGUACGGGGUACAAAAACAUCACCAAUACCUCUUUGGUAGAAAAUUUAUUUUAAAAACGGACCAUAAACCUCUGGUGUAUAUUUUUGGGCCAAAAGGGGGCAUUCCACAAACGGCAGCAAGUCGACUACAACGUUGGGCGGCUAAAUUGGCAGCGUAUGAUUUUGACAUCAAUUACGUGAAAUCAAAAUGUAACGGCAAUGCGGACGCGUUAUCUCGUCUACCAUUAGAGGGAAAAAAACACGACAGUCCAGUCAAAUCCGAAAAUCAUUAUUUACUAUAUAUGAAUGAAACGUUACCGGUAAGUUAUAAAGAGAUUGCAGUAGAAAUAAAAAAAGAUAAAUUAUUGAGUCGAAUUUAUGGAUAUAUUAUGUUCGGAUGGCCAGAGAAGUGUAAAGAGGAUGAGCAGGCAUUUUUUGUGAGGCGCGCAGAGCUGUAUAUUGAUCAUGGGUGUAUUUUAUACAAAUACCGAUUAAUAAUUCCUCAAAGUUUACAGGAACGGGUCUUAUUUGAAAUACAUUCAGGACAUUUAGGAAUUGUAAAAAUGAAGUCUAUUGCCAGAAAUUAUGUAUAUUGGCCUUCUAUAGAUAAAUAUAUCGAGUCGGUGGGACAGAAGUGUGAAGCAUGUCGAAAUGUACGGGACGCUCCUCCUAAAACCACUUUACAUCCAUGGGAAUUUCCGGCGGGACCUUGGAAACGACUACAUGCGGACUUUGCUCAAUUCCAUGGUAAAUAUUAUAUCGUCGUAGUCGAUGCUUAUAGUAAGUGGUUAGAAGUGGAACAAAUACGUAGUACCGCGGCGUACGAUACCAUUAAAUUUUUUCGUAGUUUAUUUUCUAGAUUUGGGCUAAUUGACCAACUGGUGACCGACAAUGGCCCGCCGUUCCAAAGUGCAGAGUUUAAGGAGUUCUGCAGUAAAAAUAUAAUCAGGCAUGUUACAUCUUCACCGUAUAGACCGCAAGGAAACGGAGCAGCCGAGAAUGCGGUUAAAACCGUGAAGAAAACUAUUAAAAAGGCGGUGUUAGAAGGGGAAGACAUACACGCUAGCUUAUGUCGAUUUUUAUUACAAUAUAGAAACUGUCCACAUGCAACCACAGGAGUAGAACCGGCAGUAGCUCUGUUAGGGAGGCGCCUGCGGAAUAGACUAGACGCGAUGCGCCCGAGUACAUCGAAGAUAGUUGCGGAUGCACAAAGCAAGCAAAUAGAAAGCUCGGGCGGAGUCGUACGAAAAUUCGAUAUCGGAGAUAAAAUAUUAACACGAAAUUACUCCACAAAGGACAAUAAAUGGAUCGAAGGGGAUAUAAUAGAAAAAACGGGGCCAGUAUCGUACAAAAUAUUGCUAAACAAAGGAAAUAUUUGUCGCAGACACACAGAUCAAAUAUUACCACUGAGGAAUAGUCGUUUCUCAUGGAACGUCGGACCCGGAUCAGAACCAGAAAGUACGGAGAUAAGUAUUACGGAUCAAUAUGUAAACACAAGACCGCGGAGACGAAACCAAAAUGCCAAGGAGUCGUAUUCACCCGGGAAGGAUGUAGAGGAGUCCACAACUCAGUUGGAGUCGCAGGAGUGCGGGGAGCAAACGUCGACCUUGACGCCGCCGCCGCGACCUGGGUGGGUACUAUCCCCGACGUCCGAGCUAGACGACGACGGGGGGCGGUCGCCAUGUCUAGAAUCCCCAGUUGAAAUUAUGGAAAGACCUAAGAGAGCGUGCCGGCUACGUAAAAAAGAGUGA